AUGGUGACUCCGAGCCAGUUCCCUCCCCUGCGCGUGUGUCCCAGGCAGGACAGCUUCUCUAAUGACGGUCUAUCCCGCCUCCUGAAGGAACCGGGCAGCUCUGCUGUGGUUAUUGAGAGAAACCCCGCGUGUGGGGUCCGGGAGCCGCCGGCCGCGUCUGCCAGCGCGCGGGAAGAGAACCAGCUCCUACAGCAGGAGCUGUCCCGGCUGGAGGACUUGCUGGCCCAGGCGGGCGCCGAGCGGGACGAGCUGGCCAGCUGGCACCAUGCAGUCAGUGAGCGGCUGCAGGCCCGGCUGGAGACCACUGAGGCCCGGCUGCGGAGGUCAGAGCUGGAGCACAGCGUGGACCUGGAGGAGGCCCUGGGCCGGCUGGAAGCCGCAGAGCAGAGGAGCACCGGCCUCUCGCAGGUGAACACCCUCCUGAGGGAACAGCUGCAGCACAUGAAGAGAGCCAACGACACACUGGCCCAGGAGCUGGCCGGGACCACGGGCCGUGUACUCCACCUGCGGGGCCAGCUGGAGCUGAGGGAGGCGCAGCGCCGGAUCAAGAGAGAGGUGCCCCCGCUGCCCCCGCCCGCUGGCGGGCACCUGCUUUGGUGUCUGUGGCUGACGCGGCGUUUGCGCUUGGGGGAGCCCCGGGACUUCCUCCUCCUGCGGAGGCAGGUAACAGCGCUUCGUGCACACCUGGCUGAGCUGCGGUCAGCCUCUGAGCGGGGUCUUGCUGACAUGCGAGCAGAUGCGGCCAGGACGGCCCGGCACCUGCACACGGCCUGCCUGAACCUGGACGCCAACCUACGGCUGUCGGCCCGCGGUGCAGCCAGCGCCCUGGAGCAGCAGCUGCGUGACAAGGUGUGCGAGAUGUUGCAGCUGCAGGGCCGCUGCGACGCAGAGAAGGUGGCGCUGCAGGCCAGACUCUCUGAGCAGACGCUGCUGGUGGAGAAGCUCACAGAGCAAAACUUGAAGAAGGAGAGCGUCAUCUCUUCCCUGAAAGUGGACGUUCAGAGACUGGAGGCCGGGCGCAGCAGAGGCCAGCCGGCAGGGGACAGCUUGAAGGACGAGGUCGCAUCCCUGCAGCGUGUCCUGGACGCCAUCACAGAGGUGGCCCAGGCGGACUUGGGGUGCCCAGAGCUGGUGUGGAGCAGCGGCACUGAAGUUGAGGAGGAGAAGCAGGGCCCCCGGACGAGCCCCCCAUUCGCUGCAUCACGGGCCCGUUCCCCAGCUGCCCAGGACCCCGCGCUGCGGGCCGUGCAGACGGCCCUUGAGAGGCGACAGCAGCAGGGGCAGGUGCUGGGCCUGCAGCUGGAGGCCUCCCAGACGGAGGUGGCCCGGCUCCGUGGGCAGCUGUCGGAGAGCCAGCAGGCGCUGCGGGCCGCUCGGAGCCUCCUGCAGGAGCAGACGCGGGAGUACCAGGACCUCCUGGACAAGCUGGAGGUGCAGAGCCAGGAGGCGCGACGCUGCAGGGCGGCCAGCGAGCUCCUGGGAAGAGAGAAGAAGGCUCUAGAGACGGAGGUGGGACGGCUGAGAGGGAAGCUGGGUGCUUGGGACACAGAGAAGCAGAGGCUGGAGGCGGCGAAUGCUGAGCUGCAGGACAGCCUCCUGCGGCAGGCACAGCAGGGCCAGUGGGACCUCCGGGAGCUGGAGACCAGUCAAGCGCGCUUGGUGGAGCUGGAGGAGAAGGUCUCCGGGCUCAAGAAGGAGCUGGCGUCGGCCCAGGAGGCACUGAGCACAGCCCAGCUCCAGAGGGACGUUCUGGAAAGCGAGAGGGACGCUCUGCACGGUGCCCUGGCCCGGGCCGAGACCAGCAACGUUGACCUAGAGCUGCUUGUGACCAGGCUGAAGUCGGAGGGGGUGGAGCAGAGGGACUCUCUGGCCAAAAUGGCCGCCCUGAUGGAGGGGCUGGCUCAGGACAAAAGCACCCUGAACCACCUGGUCCUGCAGCUGGAGCAGGAGCGGGACCAGCUUCGGGAGCAGCAGAAGACGCUGGAGCGUGAGCAGGCGGGCGCCCGGGAGCAGCUGGAGCUGGUGCAGGCCGAGCGCAGGGGCCUGCAGCGGGCCUGUGGGCGCCUGGAGCGGCAGCUGGAGGGUCAGGUGGCCAGGCUGCGGCACGAGAGGGCCCAGCUGCAGGGGCAGGUGCACCAGGUCACAUGCAAGACGCAGGCCCUGGAGGAGCACCUGGCCCAGAGCCUGGAGGCCCAGGAGGCCCAGAUGGACACUCUCCAGAGGGCCCUGCAGGACAAGGAGGCUUUGUCUAAGGAGCGGGCCCAACUGCUGGCCAAGCAAGAGGCCCUGGAGAGGCAGGGCCAGCUCAUAGCUGAGGAGGCAGCCGAUCUCAGGGCCGAGCGGGACUCACUGGAGAGAAGCCUGUUUGAGGCCCAGCAGCUGGCAGAGCAGCUGCAGGCGCAGCGGGAACAGCUAGCGGGAGAGGCCCAGAGCACCCGGCUCGCUCGGCAGGCCCUGCAAGUGGACAUGGAGUGGCUGCAGAGCACCUGGGAGGUCCAGGAGACGAAGCUGCAGUGGGACUUGGGGCGGCUCCAGUGGCAGGUGGCGCAGCAGGAGAGGGACGCACAGCUGGCCCUGGAGAGCCAGGCACUGGCCCACCGCAAGGACCUGGCACGGCUCCAGGGGGAGAAGGAGACCCUGAGCCUGUCUCUGACAGAGGAGAAGGAGCUGGUGGCGAAAAGUGCAGCCGAGAGGGAGGCUCUGAGGGAGGAAAUUCAGAGCCUGAAGCGUGAGCAGGAUGAGAGCCGCCUCCAACUGGAGCAUGAAUUGCACCAGGCCCUGUCUCUGAAAGAAGCAGAAAGGAGCCUGCGGCACGAGGAGCUCUCCAGGGCCACGCGGGAGCUGGAGCAGCUGCGGCAGGAGGCGCACGGCCGGCAGGAGCAGGCAGAGGCCACGGUCAGCGCCAUGGCUGCAGAGCUGAAGGCCCUGCAGGCCCAGUUUGAGGACGCCAUCUCGGCCCAUCAGAGAGAGGCCGCGGCUUUGCGUGAGAGUCUCCGGGAGAUGGCAGCAGAGCGGAGCAACGUGGGUAGAGAGGCUGAGAGGCUGCGGGCACAGCUGGACGAGGCCCAGGACGGGCUGGCCACGCUGCGCAGGGAGGCCCUGGAGGCCGGCUGGGCGCUGGGCAGCGAGGCCCAUGAGAAGGACGUGCUGCAGCGUUCCAACGCGGAGCUGCAGGCCGCUGUCUGUAGGGCCGAACAGGAGAAGGCCAGGUUUCAGCGGUCCAAGGAAGAGAAGGAGCAGACGCUGCUGGUCCUGGAGGGGGCCCGAGCAGCAGCCCGGAAGGAGGCCAGCGAGCUGCUGGCCAGCCUGCAGGAGGCGGAGCGAGCCCGGGAGGACUCCCGCCGUGAGCUCCAGGAGCUCAGCGGACAGGUCAAGGUGCUGGAGGCCGAGAACCAGAGGAAAAGCCGGGAGCUGGGCCAACUGCAGGCCCGGAGCUCCCAGGCCGCACAGCGGAGCCAACAGGAGGCCCUGGAGCUGCAGAGGCAGGUGGCUGACGCACAGGCCGCCGGGGAGGCCGCCCAGGAGGAGGUCCUGAGGCUGCGGCAGAAGCUGGCCGCGGUGGAGGCUGGAGGCGAGGCCCGGGAGAAGCGUCUGGAGGAACGCCUCCACGAGUGCCGGAGGGCUGAGCGGACCCUCCGCGCCGAGCUGCGCGCUGCCACCAGGAAGCUGCAGCAGGCCAGUGGCGUGGCUGACGGCCUCCAGGCUCGCUUGGAUGAGGCCUGUCACCGGGUCCACAGCCUAGAGCAGGAGCUGGCCCGGGCCGAGGGGGCCAGGCAGGGUGCAGAGGGCCAGCUGUGCCGGCUCUGGUACACGCUCCACUGUGGGCUGGGGCUCCCAGAACGGGGCCCCUCUGCAUCCCCUGAGCAGCCUGGCUCCCCCACCAAAGGCUUGGAUGGCUCCCCGGGUCACUCUGGGUGGCUGAGUGCCAGCCCCCCUGCCGGGUCCCACUCGCCGCUUCGAUGGCCCUCACCUGCACCCGGACACCGCGGCCCAGAGGUGGACGUGGCCUCAGUGCGGAAUGCCCUGAGGGACUUGGUGCAGAAGCUGCAGGAUGCCGAGCAGGGCCGGGACAACUGGAGCUUCCAAGUGGCAAGCCUGAGCCGCCGGCUAAGCGAGGCCGAGCGCGAGCUCGCCAGGUCCCAGAGCCGUGAGGGGCAGCUGCAGAGGGCACUGGCCCAGGCGGAGGAAGGCCGGCGCCAGGCAGAGAGGCAGGCGGGCAGCGCCCAGGCAGUGCAGGCCCUGCAGGAGGAGGCGCUCCGGAGGCUGGGGGCCGAGCACCUGGCGAGUGUGCGGGCAGCGGCCCAGGAGAAGCGGCGGCUCCAGGAGCACCUGGACACGCUGCACCAGGCCCUGGGAGACAGCAGAAGGCGCCGCCAGGGCCUGGCCCUGAGGAGGAGGCUGCUGGAGGAGCAGCUCGCCCGCCGGGAGCACGGGGGCCAGGAGCCCCUGCAGCAGGUGGAGCAGGAGACCCUGCGGAGGGGAGGGGACACGGUGAGGACAGGGGCUGAGGACCAGCGGGGCCAGGCUCCGAGCAGCCUGCACCACGGAGCGGACCAGCCCUAAGGCAGAGCCAGCAGCUGCAGGUAGGUGACCAGCCUGAAGCAGCAGCUGGACCAGGAAGCACAGCAGCGACAGGACAUCCACCUCCGGGCAGGCCUUCUGGGCCAGGAAGUGAGCUCUGUGACUUGAUCCACAUGGCCUGACCACCGUGGCCCUGACCCCCGUGGCCAGACCCCCGUGGCCUGACCCUCAGGGGCAGCAAAACUGCUAACAGGAAAACUGACACCUCAUGCAGCUCAGGGGGCCUAGCUCAGGGGGCGGGGGGACCACAGGGCACAGGCAGCCUGGAGCCCCACAUCAGCAGGCGCCCUCUGAUUCCACUGACCACUGAGCUCCCCUGGUCCUUGGGACCUGGGCCUCUGCUGGCGCUGGACCGAGCUUCGGAAGGUCCUCUCCCACAGCCCUGCCCAGCCAGAGACGGCCUCCUCACACUCGUGUGAGCCUGGCACUCGGUUUCUGCCUCGGACGGACUGCCGAUCGGCCAGACCCCAGUGGCCAGGCCCUGUCAGGCGGGCCUCCAUGGCCACGGGCUGCAUUCUGUGCCCUCAGCUCUGCAAACACGGGGAGACAUGUGGAAAACAUUUCCACCAACUGGUGCCAGAAACCAUAAUGUCCUACAAGGCCCAGCCAACACUCCUCACGUCCGGAGGCCGUGAACCUUCUGUACCCAGGCACUGAGGUCCCUCACGGUGCGAGUGGCUGCAGGUCUCAGUCAGUCCCCGUGACCCACGGGACUGGAAGUUAAAGCUGCAGAACCGCCCACUUUCCCAGCCUGUGAACAUGGGAAAAUCCUGCGGGAAUCUAGUCCAGUUGCUAUGGAGACCGAGGCAGCCAUCUUGGUUCACCUGUCAGCAUUUUUACUCGUUCUCCCCAUUAACAGGGUCAGAGUGAUUUGUUUUCCUCUCCCAAUGGCCUCUUGUAUUCCAUAAGUGGCACAUUUUCAAUACCUGUGGGCCCCUGAGGCCUAGGAGCCUAGCUCCUCCUCCCAGGAGCCCCUGUCACACCCUCAAGGACGGGCACAGAGGCCAGAAGGGCCCAAAGCUCGAAGAGCCCGCCCCGCCAUGGUCACUGUAAGCUGUGGCCCAAACGUGUGACGGCAUCUGUAAGGUGGGUCCAGGCUUAAGAGAGGCUGUCCUGUCAGACCUUGCUUUCUGGUUGAAUGCAGAUACGUAGUUACCGUGUGUGGUUGUAAACUGCACAAAAGCACCGGUAGGAAAAGGUGUGCACGUGAGUGUCACUCUGCCUGAUAACUGGUGCUUGUGUUGAGAAGGAUUCUGAAGUUCAGCUCAGGCUCAGAGGAAGAGCAGGCCAACCCAUAAGGCAUCCAAGGAGGCCGGAUCGGUGCUGUGUGAGUCUCGAUAUCUGCCCACCUGCAGUGGCCAAUCGAGGCAAAUAGCCACCCAGUAGAGGGCAGCAGGUGGCUACCCCCACUUCUGGAGAGCUCCCCCAAACAGAAAGGGCAGGGCCUUGGCAGAGAGCCGGGGCUCUCAGGGCCUGGCAUUCAGUGACGUGUCCCUUCCCUUCCUCCACAAGCGGGUCUGCACCUUCCUUGUGGCGCAAGCCCCGCCCCAUCGCCAGCAGGACCUGAGGGAUGGGGGUGAGGAAAGGCAGCGGAAGCCAGAGGUUGGAGUCGGUAGCAGUGCUUUCUUCCCCGCAUCCCUGCGGUGCCCACUGGCGUCCCCACGUCACAAGUUUGGUUCUGAAGCUCCCAGCAAGGAGCAUGGAUGGAAGAGGAAUCCACUUCGGACAUGAAAGGGACCAGGAUGAAUUCUCAGAUUUAAAACAAAGGCCGCCCAGAAUUUGACCAACACACUCAGGAUGCUCCUUGCCUCUCAUGGGAGACAUUAAAGUGACUGUGAGGCCUCUAAGGUUUUUACAUUUCAACGAAUAGUUCAAUCAAUGUAGGUGACACUACUACUUAUUCAAUAUACAGUGGUAUACUUAAGAAAAAGGAAUUUUUUAAUGGAAAUA